AUGCUGCCACUCUCGCGCAACCGCCCAGCGACCCUCGCGCUCGCGCUGUUCGGCGGUGCACUGCUCGUCUACCUCGUCGUACUCCGUCCUCUCCUCCCGCGAGGAGCAAUAGCUUAUGCGACGAGACCGCUGUGGGAUCACGACGAGCGACCAGGCGAGGCCAUCGAGCAUUACUGGGCGGACGGACUCGACGCAGCGGAACAGUGUCGGCUGCACGGGUGGGAGAAGCGCAGCGACGAGCCAGAGAUGUGGGAUGCGACCAUUUUCUCGACCGAACUCGACCUCCUCCUCGUCCGACUGCACGAGCUCUUUCCCGCCGUCGACCGCUUCUUCCUCGUCGAAUCCGACCGAACCUUUACUGGUCUCCCCAAGCGCCUCGUCCUGCAACCCGCUCUCACGAACGACGCCCGUUUCAAGCCUUUCCUCCCUCGCAUCACCUACCGCACUUUCUCCGGCCGUGCGCUCGAGAAAGGCGAGUCUCCCUGCUAUCAGGAGAUCGCCCUCCGACAAUUCAUGACCUCUCUCCUGCGCGAACACUUCCCCUCUGCACCCUUGCCCACGCCGGUAUUGCUUUUCUCCGAUGUCGAUGAAAUUCUCUCGCUCAAGACGGCGUCGCUCCUCAAAGCCUGUCAGUUCCCCGCGCCGCUGCAUCUGGGAUUGAGGUCCUUCGUGUAUUCGUUCGAGUUUGAGGAGGGCGGGGAGACGAGUAGUUGGAGGCCUAGCGCGGUUGAGUGGCCGUUGCGAGGGGAGGGAGAGGACGAGUUCUACCGACACGGCAAAGUAACAGAACGCAUCCUCCCAAACUCCGGCUGGCACUCCCCCUGGUGCUUCCGCCACCUCUCCGACUUUGCCCUCAAAGCCACCGGCUACUCACACGUCGACCGACUCGCUUCGCGUCCAUCUGCGCUUCUCCGACCAGCGAGGAUUCAGGAAACGAUCUGUAAGGGACUUGAUAUGUUCGAGAUGCUCCCGGAGGCGUAUACGUACCUCGAGUUUUUCAACAAGAUGAGGUUGGUGCCGAGCAAAUCAGCGGUCGACAUCCCCUCCUACGUGGUCGAACACGCCGACGAGUUGCGGUACCUCCUGCCGGGUCCAGGCAACUGCAUACGGGAGGACGCGCCAAAGAGCUGA